GAUGUUAGUAUCGCCCAUCCCUGCAGUGUAUUGUUUUUGUUUAAGCCUUAUAAUGUUUACCAAUAUUUUGUACGGGAAAAUUAGUUCGAUUUCAUCUUCAUAACUUUUUAUCUUAACAUAUCUAUUAAGCAAAAAUGAAAUGCCAAGCUUUGUACUGCAAUCGUAGGCGUGGUAAAGAUCCGGGCAUCAAAUUUUACCGUUUUCCGAAAAAUAGGACAAUCCGUCGUGAAUGGGUUCGGUUCUGUGUCCAAAAUGAUGAAGAAAUGCCGUUUAUGAAGAUUACCGCAGGUACCCGAAUGUGCAGUUAUCAUUUUCCUGAUGGAAAAGGAACGACAAAGGCUCCCAACAUACCGACGAGACGAGAUCCGAAGCCAGAAGUUAUCCCGGAUCCGGAUGAUACACCAGAAGGAUCCAAUUCAGAAUUUUCCCUCCAAGGAAAGGAGACACACGAGCUCAAAUGCGAGAUCAUUCGUUUGCGAGCCGAAGUCGAGAAACAUAAAAGACUCGCUUCUCGGUGGAAAGGCAGAUAUAGCAGACUGAACCGCAGGUUUACUUCGAGAGCGGAGUUCAAACUAUUUCGGGAGGAUCAGAUGAAGCUACUGUCCGGUACUGUUAGUAGAGUGAAAAAUUGGUCGCCGGAGACUAUCAUCGAAUGUGAGCAACUUUGGAAGGCCUGUCCCGGAGGUUACGACGCAUUAAUUAAACGUGGCUUUCCGCUACCAUCAGUCCGCACCCUGCAAAGACAAAUAGGACUAGUUCGUAACAUAAUAAAAGGCGAAGAAGUGCUAUGCAAUGUACUGCAGUCAAACGAAGAACAAGCCAGUGAUCCGGAAACAAUUAUAGAAGCUAAUCCCAAGGAAACUAUAACAACAAAUAUAGUUAUUGAACCCGUACAUCAUGACCAUCGAGGGUAUUAUCUCGAGGGCGAGAUCGACGAUGCUGGCGUUACUGUUGAGCUGGUGUCCGAAACUAUUUUAGGAGAGGAGGACGGUUUCUAGGCAAACUAUUCAGUGGCUUUGUUGCGCAAUAACGAUUUGGAAACGGAGCUAGCUUUAUUACUGCAUCUUAACGUAGUAUAAAACAUAUUUACAUUUUAUCUGUCUUUGCACAUUCUUAAGUAUUAUCUCAUAAUAAACUUCUACCGUUACAGUUCGAGGAAAAAUUAACGCAAAAGAUCAUAAGAAGGAACACAUUCAUGAGUAGAGUCAAACGAGGCAAUAAUUUGAUUUGUUUGCCAGCCUAUACGGGGUGAUUUUUUACCGUCCAAUGUUGAUCGGCUCAUCGGCCAUUCCUAGCUCUUCGGUAGCCGCUUUGUUGCCCUUCUUCUUUUUCGAGUACCACAUGAAGGCCAAUCCGGCGUACAGAUUGAACAGAAACACGGACCAGGCGAGAUAAAAGCCGUAUCCCCAACUGAAAUGAAGAAAAGGUUUAUUUAAUUUGAAGACGUUUUCCGAUUAAGAAUGUACCUGUAUUUUGCGCCUUUUGGGAAGGUAUAGGAAACAUUUUCCUUCUCGUACUCGACUGACGCUAUUAGAACCUGUAUGACCACAAUACUUGUAGAUGCUAAAAUGAAAAAUAUUUUUAGUGAACACGUAGAA